AUUCAGAUGCAUGCAGCUGAUAAACUCAAUGCACAUCAGCUGGGCGCUACCGCCAGUGACGUCCGCUUCUCUUAAUAUUUAAGAAUUUUUUUUUUUAUUUUUCAUUUUAUAAGAAAUCAUCUUGUGAAUUUUUUGGAUAGCAUUUCCUAGAAGAUAGCACUGAUGAUUAUAUCAUGUGGAAGACUAUGACUGGAAUUUUCUAAGCCCCCGUGCUGCGAUUUGUUUAUUUACACAUAUUUUGGUUUUAGAAAGAUGGGUAUGAUGAGGAGUUGCGCCAGGCAUUGCGUUUGUUUUCUGUCGUUCACCAUGUGGAUGGGUGGCUGUGCGAUUAUCGGCUGCAUGCUAUGGGUGCUGGCGACGUCACCAGCUUUGAGGGAUUUCUUCAUGGGAACGACGAUAUUUUCGUACGUUGUAAUGGGUAUUGGAGGCAUGCUGUUUCUUAAUGGUCUUUUAGGAUGGAUUGGAUCAUAUAGAAGAGGGAAUUGUGUAAUGAAACUCUUCCUGUUGAUCGCUGUCCUGACCGUAGCAGCAGAAGUUGGCGGAAUCGUCGCUUUCAACAUCUUAAAUCUAAAGAUGACUGAUGUUUUGGAGAACGGAUGGAAAGAAGUGAAUGAAAAUGCUAAAAAUAUUAUUCAGGAUCAGCUGCACUGCUGCGGGUUCCAAGGCCCUGAAGACUUCACGGCGAACACGGAACCCAUCCACGAGAGCUGCUACACGAAACUCACUCCAGGCAAUUCCACCACCUCCACCGCCCUGUCGGAAGUCAGGAAACUCAACAGGGUCGGUUGCAAAGAGAAACUUCUUGAAUGGCUUUACAUCAACAAAUACUAUUGGAUAGGCAGCUUGGGCGGACUGCUAUUAUUUCAAGUGAUUAGCGUCCUUUUUGCUGUGUACCUCAUCAAUCAGCUCGGCCGUUCCCGCCGAUCUUCUUCGGAAUCGUUAGACGUGGACAUCGAUCCGAUGCAUCACCACCCACAACCCUACUUUUGACUAGUGCCCACUUGGCAAGACGUUGGACUCACUGGAUAUCAGUACAAAUACUGAACAGAAAUACUGCGUACAAGAAGGAGAAUGGGGCACGGUAGACAUCCCCUGUGGCAGCAAACAAUUCAAUCUGCAACCUGUCUUUGCAUCCCCAUGUUCCUUUUAGAGAAGGUUUUAACCACAUUUUAAAGUUUGCGACACAUUUUCGAACUUUUACGGUCCCAGUGCUAGCAUGUUAUUAGAACUGAACCCAACAAAUUAUACAUGUUGGCACUCUUCUGUUUGUAUUCAGAUGAAUAAUUUAAAAAUUAAGAAGACGAAUUUCGGAACUCUUAAAUUUAUUUUCUAUUAAUAUUUAAUAUUAUAUUGAGUAUCCAAGGAAUAUUUGUAAUUGACCACAUUAUUCCAUGUUCAAUUGAAAGAAUUUGUUGGUAGUCAUAUCUGUGACAGAUUGGCAAAUGUUUGGAAUUGAUUGCUGAAGUCUUCAACAUUCCAAAGCAAUCAAAUAUUUAAUGAUUCUUGAAUAUUAAAAAAAAUCUAUUUAAAAAAUCAAACGAGAGAAUAAUAAGUCACAAAAUUUCAAAAUCCAAAACAUUUUUUUUUUUUUUUCCUCUAAAAAAAUGGGAACUGGUAUUCUAAGCAACUGACUGCUUCAAAAACUUUUAUGCUGUAUUGAAACAGGAGAUGAUCAUGCCAAAAUGUAUUGCUGAUAAAAGUGUUUCAAAUAGAAUUGUAAGAAAGAAGAUUUCAAGGCAACAUAUUUAACUAUAAACAGUCUUAUAUCUGUAUGGCCUAUAAAAUGAAACGGUUAUAAAAUACCAUAAACAGCUAUGGAUCUAAUGAAAAAUGUUUCAUUACGGACAGCACACUGACUUUUACUGAGUGUCGCAGAAUAAGAAUCGCAGAUUAUUCACAAUUAAAACUGUUAUUUUAAUGCAUUGAAGCUUCCAUUUGUCUUUUAUCUGGUACGAUGCUUCCAUUUGUGAAGUUCUACAAAAUUGGCCAGUAAUGUUCAUCUAUAUUACACUAUUUUAAUGCAAAUGAUUAUAUAAAAUAAACUAUGAAAUUCAUCUGAAAUUUGCAUAAAAGAAAUGUUUUUCUCUGAUUUUCUUCAUUUAUCUUUACAAGUCAAGAUUUUAUAAAAGCAGAACUGUAUUCAUAAAUUAAGGCAAAUUUGAAAAUCAUGUUUUGAAUGCAUUUUGUAUGAAUGCACUAUAGAAUUUGGAAAUUUUAUUCUUUAUCUUCAACCAUCGAAU